AUGUUCCUUACUGCCACAGAACUAUACUUUAAAGUGAAUGAUCUCUCCGGAAAUGUAAAACUCGAGUUAUUUGAUAAUAUACAGUACAAUAAAGUAGCAUUAAUCUUAGCUCACAUAGUAAAAUUCCUCAGAAAAUUUAUUCCAAAUCAAAAUGUUUCAGUUAAUGAGUAUUUUAACAAAAACUCAAAAUUUGAUAUUCCCAGAACGCAAGAUAAUUCAAAUUCAAAUAUAAAGGAGGUUAAAACUAAAGAAGAAAAUGACAAAGAAACGCAAAGCGAAAAAGAGAAACUCGAAUUAGAAGCUGAAACGAGAAAGAAAGAGGAAGAAAAACGAAGAGUCGAAGAAGAAAGAAUAAGAAAAGAAAAAGAAGAGCAAAGGAAGAAAUUGGAAGAACAGAAGCGUAUUCAGGAGCAGAAUCUACAAAAUCAAUACGAUCAACAACUUUUAGACAAAAUUAACAGAAUAUCGGAAAGAUUUGAAAGAAUUUCCAAUGAAAAUUUCGGAUUCAAAGACUACUCAUAUCGUGUUCCAUAUACAAUUACAUGUUAUCCUGGAGAAAAAGGUUUAGAUAAAUUUAAUUCUUACAGAAAGCAUAUAUCAACACCACAAGAAGACUCCAAAUGGUGUGUUCCUUCAAAAUAUCCGACAUGUCAAAUAAAUAUCAAUAAGCCAUCUCACAUUAGAGAAUUAUAUUUCCCAAAUAUUCAAGAUGUUCCCGAAAUUGCAAAACAAAUCGAGAUUAGUAAUAAGAAAUAUAAUGUGAAUCAUGGCUCCAAUGUCAGAAUUCCUAUAAACCAAGAAACAGGAAGUCUUUUCAAUAUGACCUUGAUUGGACCCGAUAAAGCAUGUAUUCCGAAGUUUGAGAUAAUUGGAAACUACUCGUAA